ACUGCAAUGAGACUGUAGCCUAUGCGCAAGUUUUUCGUCCAGCCCUCCCCUCGCUUGUUUGAGAGUUCUUUACUGUGGCUGGUGCAGUCUAAGGGAUGGGGGGUUAGAUUCUGCGACGUCAACUACCUGUGUGGCCCCCGCAUGGAGGAGAGUGGACAGGGAUGCGUUUGAUGGAACAGUUUUAUGCGAGACUCGAAUGCCUCCUCAGCAUUUUAUUGGGCAUGCCGACGUCACGACAUUUUACUGACAAUCAUACAUAAGUAGGAGGACGAGUUGUAAUGCGUAACAGGAGGAGGAGGAGUGGAAGCUGGGAAACGCAGCAGAGGGUCGCUUUUUUCUGAUAGUCCGAAUAAAAACAUGAUGACAGUCCUGUUAAAGCCCACCUGGAGCUUGAUUUCACCAAAUGUGACAGAUAUGGUCUCUUCCUCCAUCUGUGUGUCUCUGUCGUCUAGGCAUUGCAUGUGCCAACUAUAUUCUGUGAGUAUGCCUUUGUGAAGACGCUAGUCACCCUCGCCGGGAUUCCCCGCAACAUUUUCAACAAGAGACAAGGGAGAAAAAAAUUCUGCAAAAAUGGACAAAGAAAGUAUUGGUACUCAAUACGAGCCCGUGGCCGAGAUUGGAGAGGGUGCGUACGGGAAAGUGUACAAGGCAAGGGAUUUGAAGAACGGGGGACGCUUUGUAGCCCUAAAAAGAGUUCGUGUCCAGACGGAGGAAGAGGGCAUGCCUCUCUCAACCAUCCGGGAGGUGGCGGUACUGAGGCAGUUGGAGGCCUUUGAACAUCCAAAUGUGGUCAGGUUGUUCGACGUUUGCACAGUCUCUCGGACUGAUCGAGAAACCAAGCUCACCCUGGUGUUUGAGCACGUGGAUCAGGACCUGACCACGUACUUGGAGAAGGCUCCUGACCCCGGGGUACCACCUGAGACCAUUAAGGAUAUGAUGUACCAGCUGCUUCAAGGGCUGGACUUCCUGCACUCACACCGCGUGGUUCACCGUGACCUGAAACCCCAGAAUAUUCUGGUGACCAGUGGAGGUCAGAUCAAACUGGCAGAUUUUGGUUUAGCCCGCAUCUACAGCUUCCAGAUGGCACUCACCUCUGUGGUGGUGACGCUGUGGUACAGAGCUCCUGAAGUGCUGCUCCAGUCCAGUUAUGCUACACCAGUGGAUCUGUGGAGCGUUGGCUGCAUCUUUGCUGAAAUGUUCAGGAGAAGACCCAUUUUUCGAGGAAACUCUGAUGUUGAUCAGCUAGGAAAGAUCUUUGAUGUGGUUGGGGUACCUUCACCAGAAGACUGGCCUCAAGAGGUAGCCUUACCACAGAGUGCCUUCACACCCCGACCCCCUAAACCAAUAGAAGACUUGGUGCCAGACAUGGAUGAGGAAGGACGAACCCUGUUGAUGCAAUUUCUCACCUUCAACCCCUCCAGGAGAAUAUCUGCCUUCGCUGCAUUGAGUCACCCCUACUUUCAAAGCGUGGACAGUCACAGCAGAAGUCUGUAUGCUACCUAUUCAAUCCCCAGCAACAAGCCCACUAUUGAGGAGAGGACUGCCUGAUAGUCCUCCUUCACCUUCAGCUAUCCCAAACAGUAUCUCUAAAAAGUAUUUUCUGUACCCACAUUGUUUUGCUGGGCACAUUAUAACUUAAAACGUAUUAAUUAAGCCAUUUGACACUGAUCAGCAGAAGUCCAUUGAGUCAAUAACUUUUGGCCUUUUAGGCUAACAGACUGAAUAUACCGUGUGUGCAGCACUAUCAUACUGAUCAUCAUACACUUUAUUUGGACUCCAGAGUUUUAAAAUUGAGUUUAUCUUGUUAGUUUUGCACUGCUUAGGUUCUAUGGUUCCUUCAGACGUUAUACUUAAUUGAUUAGAUUCCUGAUCCUCACAAAUCCUAAACAUCCUGUUACAAAUAAGGUCAUUUCAACAUGCUGCUACCAGCACCUGGGAAUGCAUAAGAUGGUGUACCAAAAAGGUAACUUUGGUGCUUAUCUUCAUCAUAUUUCCUAAUCGCCAAUAAAAAAAAAUCAGCAAAGGUUCCUUAGUUUGCAAAAGCUCCCAUGUAUAUGCAAGUUAAUUUAAUUAACCAACAGUGAUGACUUCUAUCAGAAGAUUCAUAGUCAAGCCUUAUUCAGGGGCAUUUCAUGCAGUGUCUCUGAUGUGUACACAUCCCUGGCAAAAUUUCAGGUUUUUGUGACAUAAUAAAUGAAACCAUGAUAAAUAUUUUAAGAACAUGGCAUUUGCCCUCCACAAUUCAAUCAGAAAACAAAACAGUUCUAUUAAAACGUUCCAUUAACUCGGUUACAUAAGUGUGCACACCCUUAAACUAACCUAACUUUGUUGAUGCACCCUUUGAAUAAAUUUAAGCUCACAGUGCUCUUUGGUAGGAGUGUAUCAGUGUCCCACUUCUUAACUUGUUCUCCAAAUCCUUCAACAUUGAGAGGACAUUUCUUGGUCUCAGCCUUCUCAGGCGAUUCCACAGAUUCAUUUUGUUUUAGACUCGUGGAACAUCUUUCCAAAACUUUAAAUUUCCUCUAACAAAAUCAUUCUUUUGUUGAUUUGAAUGUAUCCUUGGAUGCGGAAAAAUAAAACCCCUCUUCAUCAUCCGCUUCUAGCAGACACCGGGCACCCAAGUUUUGCGAGAAAAAUGCAGUUUUAGUCUUUUCUGUCCUGUGAUGUUUACAUACUACUGUGGAUUUUGUUUGUAAUUUCAAAAAAACUGAACUCUAAAAACUGAAUCAAAUUGUGAUUCCAGAAACCUUAAGAAUGGGCACAAUAAUGCAACAAGAUUAUGCAGCUUUGUAUAUUUUCUUUUUUCCACUUCUAAAGGUCUUUUACUUAAAUUGUGCAAGAAAAUCUUCACAAUUUAGAUUACAAAACAUUUAUCAGGGGUUUUGAGAGCCACUGUGUGUUUUCUGACUUCUGAUUGUCAGUGUCAAACAGCUUAAUUAAUAUUUGUUUUAUGUACUAUAUAAACGUAAACAUAAUGAAAAGGAAGGGAAGUACUUUUUAUCAUCAAUAUACAACACUCCUUGAAAGUACUCAAGAGAAACGAGAUGGCGAAGAUGGUGUGAAGGCACAUCAUGGCUGUGAACCAUGCACAAAAGCUGCCCUCCCAAGAACCAGUGGAUCAUAAUUGCUGCUUUUAAUUUGUGAAUUGUUAUCUAAUAAUGCAUAUAUAGGCCUGCAUCUUAGAUCAUCAGGUAGUUAAGAGGCCGGACAAAUUACAGAGGCUGAAGCUUCUUAUUGACCAGUGUUUAGACUUUUUAGACUGCCCUCCUGUCUUUAGGACCAGACGGGGUCUGAAGCGGACACCGUGGAUUUUACUUGCCUUCGUGCUCACUGUGGAAGUGUGCUGUACGGAGAUGGACAACGGGAGUGCACUUGCAAAUACUCAACACAAGCAUGCUCAUGUACCUAUAAAGUCACAAGGAAUCACAAGCCAGCCGCUCACUGCCAUGUUCCUUAUCAUUCUAAUGUUAACUAUAAUAUUGCUCCCACCUUGUGGACAUCUACAGUAACUGCAGACAAACCAGUAGCGGGAUUCUAAUGGUUGUUGCACUUUUCAAGAACUCAAUGGGCUGAUCAUAACGGUGCUGAGACAAUGAAAACUCAUCCUGCCACUUACUUUAAGACUUUUAUUAAAUAACUAUUUUUCUGCCAUUGUGGGAUUUUAUCAUCAUGAAAUUUCCUUAUUUACAAUCUUAAUGAUAGUGUAAUGCACAGGCUUGCUUUCUGUGGAUAAAGUCCCACCAGCACUAUUCAUCAUGAAAACAUUUGGCAAAGUGUUAUCAAAAAUAUUCUGUAUUUAAUUUUAAUUUUAUUGACAAGUCUUAUAAUGCUUUUUACUGGAUUUGGGGGUGGGGGUGGGGGUGGGGUGGGGUGCUUUUCUUAAUACGCUGGGCAUAUGAUAUUCUUACACCAAGUGCACCAACUCUUCACAUGAUCAGAGUUUGUGUAUCUAAGGAAUGUGUAAAGGCUAGGUAUUGGUACUGUACAGUGUGUUCAGCUUGGUGCAACGACAAACUGUUGAAGAAGCACAUAGACAUAUUAUAAAAGUGGCUAGAAGUAGAGUAGGUGAAGGUCAGUGGCAAGUUGUAUGAUGAGAGCAUUUUGCUUCUUGAAAAUGUCCGGUGGAAUUAAUGGAUCUCCUUUGCUGAGGACUGAUUGUGGCUAUGACUUUUACAGUAGAUGCUAAAAAAAGAUACACACAAUUUUAUUUACAGUUUUUGCUUUUACGUUAAUGUGACGUUUCAUUGCAGUUCCGUUUUCUUUUGUUGUUUCUGUUUUAUUUUUAUUUUUUUUGUAAAUAAGCAAGGAAAAGGCAACUUAUGCAGAGCUGUAUUUUUGUAUUUUGUUGUUCUUGCAGGACCGUAACAAUUUAACACUGGUUGGUUUAUGUUUGCCUAACAGGUAGUGCUACUAGCACACACACAAACACACACUCAUUUUUCAACUCUCUCAGGUUUUUUUCUGGAUGUCCAAACCUCUUGGACACAGUUUGCACAUCUCUUGGCUUACUGAGUGACCACAUAAUGACUUUUUCUAGUUUCCCAUCAAGCUGUCUCAUAAUAGUGUCUUUGUUUAUAGUGUACCGUUAACACUAUUUAUCAAUUAUGUUACUGUAGUCAUUUCUGUUUGAAAUAGACUGUUCUUAUCAGCAACAUUUAUUUGCUGAAACGCAAGCAAAAUAGAUCUUCCUAACUAAACACUGUGUGCAUUUUCUAUUUGCAAGAUUUCUGGCGUAAGUGCUCCAUAAUAAAGCUGCAUAAUUAUAAAGCUAUGAUUACCUUAGAAUUUGUUUUAUCAUUGAACUAAUGACCAUUUUAAUGACUUGUAGUGCAUUUCACUCUCAUUUCAGCUGUUGUUUUUUUAAGCAGUUUUACAGUUUGAAAUUAAACUAGGCCUAAAUUAAUCCAUCAUAUUGGUCAGAUUAACAAUGUAUGGAUGCAUUGGUGUCAUAAUAUUGUGUUGCACCAGCUGAAUAAAAUGUGGGGUUUUACAAA